UUCGAAUUAUUAUGUACGCGAGACUUCAUGUUUACUGAGAUUUCCCUCCACCUGAAAGACCGUGUUUUGAAAAGGUUUAUGUUCUAGUGUAUAUAUUAAGAAUUCACCGAAGUACAAUGUAACGACUUUGAAGAGGAACAAGUUGUAAAAAUGGAUUCCCUCCCAAUACAGUCCAAGAUGGACUGUUCCUGUAUGGAGCUGGCUUUGGAGGGGGAGAGGCAGUGUAAAGCGGGGGACUGUCGGACAGGGGUUCAAUUCUUUGAGGCAGCAGUUCAGUCCGGUACAGAUGACCUCAAGACACUCAGCGCCAUCUACAGCCAACUGGGGAAUGCUUAUUUUUACCUACAGGAGUAUGGGAAAGCCCUGGAGUAUCAUAAACUCGAUCUGUCUCUGGCAAGAACCCUGGGAGAUAAAGUUGGGGAAGCCAAAGCCAGUGGAAAUUUAGGAAACACUCUCAAAGUAUUGGGCAAAUUUGAUGAAGCUAUUGCCUGUUGUAACCGACAUCUCGAGAUAUCCAGAGAACUUGAGGAUAAGGUUGGGGAGGCCCGAGCUUUAUAUAACCUUGGUAACGUGUAUCACGCCAAAGGUAAACACACUGGUCGCUGUGGUGACCAGGACCCAGGGGAAUUCCCUCUAGAGGUCAAGGAAUCUCUUCAAAAGGCAGCAGAAUUUUAUGAAGGCAAUCUACAAAUCGUACGAGAAAUAGGAGAUAAGGCUGCACAAGGUCGAGCUUGUGGUAACCUUGGCAACACAAACUAUCUCCUUGGUAACUUCAGUGCUGCCAUCCGAUAUCAUGAAGAGCGGCUGGCUAUUGCUAAAGAAUUUGGUGACAAGCAAGCAGAGAGAAGAGCCUACAGCAAUCUGGGAAACGCUCACAUCUUCCUUGGGGAAUUUGAUGUAGCAGCAGAAAAAUACAGGAAAACUCUACAGAUAGCAAAGCUUCUAGGUGACAAAGCUUUAGAGGCCCAGGCCUGUUACAGCUUGGGGAACACUUACACUCUACUCCGGGAUUAUGAAAAGGCUAUAGAGUACCACAUGAGGCAUUUACAGAUUGCCCAGGAGCUGACGGACAGGGUGGGAGAGGGCCGGGCCUGCUGGAGUCUGGGCAAUGCCCACACGGCCCUGGGCAACCAUGAGGAUGCUAUGCAGUUUGCCAGUCAGCAUUUACAGAUCUCGAAAGAAAUAGGAGAUGAGACAGGACAACUGACAGCUCAGAUGAAUUUAGCUGAUCUAAGACAGGUGCUUGGAAUCAAUGGAAAUGUGAAUCAACAUUCAGAUGAAAAAGAUGUUGGAAUAAGUCGUCGACCAUUUAGGAGACAUAGUAUGGAGAAUAUGGAAUUGAUGAAGUUAACUCCAGACAAAAAGGGAGAGACUGGUGGAGCCAGACCAAAGAUGAACAAAUUCAUGAAAUCUGCCAGUGUGGCUGUAGAAGUUGAUAGAGAAAAGAAGGAAAAAUUAUCUUCCCUUGACGAAAUGAGUGAGGAUUCCUUCUUUGACCUGUUGAGUAAGUUCCAGAGUCGACGAAUCGAUGAUCAAAGGUGCUCAUUUAAACCAAUGGAAUCGAAACCAGAGAGCAAUGGGGAUCAGCUCAAAAAAGAUACAGAUGGUGAAGAAUUUCUUGAUAUGGUGGCAGGAAUCCAGAGCUCUCGGAUGAACGAUCAGCGAGCAGAACUUCCCCGGUACCCAGGUCUGAAUUCACAGGAAGUGAUCAGCCAGUAUCUACACAGCCAGCCAACAGAAGAACCCGACGAUGCUUUCUUUGAAAUGUUGAUGCGUUGUCAGGGUAGCAGGAUAGAGGACCAGAGAAGUGCGAUGCCCCCGCCACGACCAGCUCCAACCGUUCCUGAUGAAGACUUUUUUAGUUUAAUUCAAAAAGUGCAGUCAAGUCGCUUGGAAGAACAGAGGACUACAUUACCAAAAUUAGUCCCCGAAACAACAGGCAAAAAGAAGAAAAAAUAGCCCUUAAUUUGUAAACAAUAAUUGCAAAACACUGUACUUAUUUAUUUUUUACUGUUAGUGAUUUUUUUAACUGCUUGAAGUGUAUAUACAUAAAGCAAUGAUUUAAAAAUUAAUUCGGCUUUUGUGAUGCCAACUUAAGGUAUACGUGUAGGUGCUUAGCACAAAAAUGUGUGAGAAUAUAUUUUUAUAAAUGUUUUAAAAUGAUUUUUUUUCAGAAGGUAUCUUUACAGUUUUGUUGUUAUGAAAAUGAACAUAGAGUCCUCAAGAAAUUGUAAAAUUCAUUUCACAUCAGUCCAGGGGUCAAGUUGGAGUUGAAAUGAUUUUGGCCUGAGAAAUUUGAGAUAUAAAGUUUUAGGGCCUAUGAUCAUCUCUACAUGCAAAUCUUAAUUAAAAAAAAAAUUAUAACAGCAUCAAUAUAAUACAGCAUGAUUGACUUCAUCUUAAGAAAUACCAUUUGUUGAGCUUUGCUAAAUAUCAUCUCUUAAUUUAAAAAAGGGGGCAAAACAGCAAUAUGUAGGGACAUUUAAAUCACAGACCUGCCCUAUGGUAGGAAAGGAUCUCAAAUUAUUAUUGCAUUUGUUUUACAUGUUGUUUAUUAGCCAGAGAGCUGUAUUUUUCAUUUCAAGUUGUUGCCAAUCUCAUGUAUAAAUGGUUCAGUCCAGAAAAUUCAUUAAGAAAUCACUGUGUAAAAAAGAAAUUAUGUCACAGAAAUUUCCUUUUACAUGUAAAGUUGAACGCUUUAUCUCAAACAUGAAUAUCUUGAACACCAAGGUUAUGUCGAAGAAAGUUGACAGUCCUUACCACUUUUUCUUCAUGAACAUCAACCUUGUUAAAUCUGUUGUGUAAAUCUUGGUUUCCUCAAGUUUGAGUUAAACAUGUUUGACUGUAUCUGGCAUUUUUUCUGUUUAUUUAUUCAGGUCACAAGUACUUAUCUGAGAUUAACAGUCACAGCUAUGAUUUCAUUACGUUAUUGCUAUUCGUGUAUGUGUGGUGAACUACUACAAUUCAAUUGGUGCUUGUGUAUAUUGCUCUCACGAGAUGUUUUCUAAUUUCAUUUUUAUACACCACAGAUUAAAGCUUGUUCAAUGGUUUA